AUGCAAAUCACAGAAACACACACACACACACACACACACACACACACACACACACACACACACACACACACACACACACACACACACACACACACACACACCAAACAAUCGCUGCACUUUGCUGACCAGAAAAUGAGGGGCGUGGACAGUCACCUGGCAUUUCAUAAAGUGAGGUGUGCUUCAAUCAGUUGAGUGUUCUGGAGUGCGCACGCACACAUCACUGGAAUUACUGUAUAUAAGGGCUGUGUGAAACAUCUUAUUAAAGAUGGAUGAGCUGGACGUUCCUCUGAUGCAGAUGCAUGUGGCGGGUCUCAAACAGCAAAUUGACACUCCCAGAGAGAAGCUAUCAGUCACACUGCCAGAGCUGAUUAAAUGGAUCGAGGAGACCAUGCCUAAGGAUCCCUUCCUGAAUGACGACCUGCUGAGGAACAACCCGUGGGUGGAGACUUCAAAGUGUGUACUGCUCUGACAACAGAGAAGGAGCUGCCAUUGGAGUAUAUGGUUGGGCAAUGGGCCCUUUUCAAGUGAUGGCAGACACCUUUGAGUCCAUGCAUUUGGAGCAGGAAUAUGCUGGUCACUGCCCUGUGGUAUUUCUGUUGAUUUCCUCUUGAUUUAUCUACAAUAAAA